AGAGCAAAUGAGUCUCCAGUUGGAGAGAUUAUCGACUACGGUCCGAAGUUGCUAAGAAAACCCCUUUUUUGUAUAUUAAUUGUUCAUCCCAAAGUGUACUUUGCAUCUUUCUUUAUUACACAAACAACUCAAAGCUGUAUUUUUUUCAUUAUUUCUGAGCGAAAAGAGAGUUGGGUGUAUCUUGGAAACCAGUAAAGAUUCGUUUGAAACUUCCUUUUUCAACAAUCUUUAUACAACGUAUACAUAGUUAUGUAAAGAUUAUAAAGAUCGUAUAGGAAAGUACAAAUCUUGUUUUACUGGUUUUGCCUAACCAGUAGUUAUAAUUAUUAUUACAUAUAUUUUAUUUUACUACUGAGCUCCAGGAAAAGUGGGUCUUUACUGUGUGCACACAUCCUGUUCGACUAAAUGUCUGUGAGAGAUUGUUCUGUAAAACUGUAAAGUUUGUAUUGGGAGAUUUGGGUUUUGAGUAAUUAGGUGUUCUUGUUCUGGGUACUGAGAAAAAAGAAGCAAGAAAUUUUCUUGGAUAUUGUGCGUGUUUGUAUGUUAUUGGUGAAAGAUGACAUCAGAGGAUGACAAAGAAGAAUCAAGAUCUUUGGCUUUGACUCCAACAUGGUCUGUGGCUACUGUCUUGACCAUCUUUGUUGUUGUUUCUUUGCUUGUGGAGAGAUCAAUUCAUCGUUUAAGCAAUUGGUUGAAGAAAACAAACCGCAAGCCGUUGCUGGCUGCAGUGGAGAAAAUGAAAGAAGAGUUGAUGCUUCUUGGCUUCAUAUCUCUCCUUCUUACAGCCACUUCUAGCAUCAUAUCAGACAUAUGUAUCCCGUCAAAAUACUACGACAGCGCAUUUGCUCCAUGCACCAGAUCUGAAGUCGAUGAAGAAAUGGAGGAGAAUAAUAAUAAGCGGAAACUUUUUAUGAGUUUUUCAUAUCCUCAUCGGAGGGUAUUGAAUGUGUUGAACCAGAACACCUGUCAAAAGGAUUACGAACCCUUUGUAUCAUACGAAGGCCUUGAGCAAUUACACCGCUUUAUUUUUGUUAUGGCAAUUACUCAUGUAUCUUACAGCUGCUUAACAAUGCUUCUGGCUGUCGUGAAGAUCCACAGUUGGAGGAAAUGGGAGGAUGAGGCUCAAGUGGACCGGCAUGAUGUGUUAACCGAAAUAUCAAGAAAUAAGACAAUGAGGAGGCAAUCCACAAUUGCCAAAUUCCACUCAUCAAAUUCGAUGGUUAUAAAUGGUUUCUUUUCUUGGAUGGUAUGUUUCUUUCGGCAAUUUGGGCGUUCAGUUGUUCGUGCGGAUUACCUUACACUGCGUAAAGCCUUCAUCUUGAACCACAACCUCACAUCAAAAUAUGAUUUUCACAGUUAUAUGAUCCGUUCUAUGGAAGAAGAGUUUCAAAGAAUAGUUGGAGUAAGUGGUCCACUUUGGGGGUUUGUGGUUGCUUUUAUGCUUUUUAAUGUGAAAGGAUCAAAUCUUUAUUUCUGGAUUGCCAUUAUUCCAAUCACUCUUGUUCUACUUGUGGGGACGAAACUGCAACAUGUUAUUGCGACUUUGGCACUAGAGAGUGCGGGAGUUACAGGGUAUGUUGCAGAAACAAGACUAAAGCCCCGAGAUGAACUUUUUUGGUUUAAGAAGCCAGAAUUAUUGCUCUCGUUAAUCCAUUUUAUUCUUUUCCAGAACGCAUUUGAGCUAGCUUCAUUCUUCUGGUUUUGGUGGCAAUUUGGCUACGAUUCUUGUUUUAUCAAGAACCAUCUGCUUGUGUAUAUGCGGUUAUUUUUGGGGUUUGUGGGACAGUUCUUGUGCAGCUAUAGCACCCUACCACUGUAUGCACUCGUUACACAGAUGGGUACAAAUUACAAGGCUGCAUUAAUUCCGCAAAGAAUAAGAGACACAAUCCAUGGUUGGGGAAAAGCAGCCAGAAGAAGGAGAAGGCGGUUAGGAAUAUACGGUGACGACUCGACAGUUCACACCGACACAAGCACCGUGGUAUCUGUAGAGGAAUAUGACCAUGACCACCAAGAGCUUGAUAGUCCACGAGCAAGGUUGGCACCCAGUCCGGGUCUGGAAAUCGAGUUGCCGACACAUAGAGUGUUAAUGCCGGAUGGUUCGGACUCACCGUUUGUGGCUAAUGAAAACUCAAGCCGGGUUGGUACACCAUUGCUUAAACCCUGUGCGUCUGUGUCUGCUGCAGCUUCACCAAGUUUUGUGCCGGUAAUUGUUACGAGAUCGUCGUCGUUGCCAGCUCAGCCAGAAUGAAGGUGAAGAUGGACAGUUUUUACGGUUACUUUUACAUGUUAAUAUGUGUAGGAGAAUAUUGCUUGUAAUACUAUAUGAAAGUGAAAUAAUUACGAUAAAACUAGUUUAUAUAAAUAUUACAAAUGAAUAAAUAAAAGAGAGAACAGUAGAUUGGAGCAAGAGUUGUGGUAUUCACAACUGAGAAUUGUAGGUUGCAGUUAUUUGAUAUUCUUGUAUGUUUUCCGUGUU